CUUCAAUAUCAAGUUUGUUUAUUAAAACUGGCAUAAAGUUAUGGUAUGAUUUAAGAUUAAGAAUCUUUAUCAGAACCAAUUUAAAUACGUUUUCGGAAUUGAUAUGUGUUGAUUUGUUCAAGGUUAUGUUCAGAAAAGUUGUAUAGAUAAGAAGCUUUCCAUUUUGCCGCCGGUCGUGGCCUAGAGGAUAGCGUUCCAACCAUCUAAGCCAGAGUCCAUGAGAUCGAAUCCCGAUCACGACACAUAUAGUGCUCUUUCCGUGGUCUGGUGGUAAGAUGCUAGCCAUAAAAUCCUUGAAAGAUGUACGCCUUAGAGUUAAGUAAAUUAGAUCUCUUCAAAGAAACAUGAAGUUUCACUGAGAUCCUAUAUGUGUGUGUUCGUUUUUUUAGCACCUUCAAGCAAACGUAAGAAAUAAUUUCCUCAGUAGGUGGUAUAUUAUCGCAUAACUACUCCUAGCUAAUUUCUCGAGAGUCUUUGUAGUCGAGUGGAUAAGCUGGUGCGAGUCUGGUUCCGAUGUGCCAGGCUGGGUUCGAUUCCCGGUAUCGGCGAGACAACUUUUGGGUUCGAAUCCCAUAAGAAGCCGACAGGUAAGAUGUGUUUCCUCUUAUAACUGAUUAUAUGAAUGUUUAACCAGCUGCCAGCUGGCCAGGUAUAUGCACGGAUGCCGGAAUACCUCUAAGUAACCUGAUUGACUCGUUCUUCCAAAAUAUACCUACAUACGAAGCCAUGGGGUCGGUUCCAGAAUGCAUGAGAGCACAUACUUAGGCAGAAACUGCGGUGAAUCCGUGCACCCAUGGUGGAAAACCAACAUACAUAACUACUCCCAGAUAAAUUCUUAACUUUCCGGUGUCCAGAAAUCUAGAUUUGCGAAGUUCCUGUGCGAAAACUAUGAUUAGUGCAAAAGAAAUUAGGAAUAAGCAUUUAUUUCCAGUUGUCAAGUGUGAAGAAAAAAAGGUGUAACCGUUUCAUGUUGUUGCAAAUAUGCAACAAUUAAUAUUUUUGCUAAAUAACCGAAUUAUGUGAAAAUAAUAUUUUUUUCCUUAUUUUUCCCUUCAUGUAUUCAUCAUUGCGCACUAUUGAGAAUUUUUUCGAGAAAAAAUAAAAAAUCAUGAAAUGAAGGGUUAACAGUUCAAUCUAUCAUGAUUUUAAUCUGAUUUUACGAUUCUACGACAAAAGUUGAACCUGGAACCUAGUGGGAUUUCCUGAAUCUUCUUCCUCAUUCGAAUGAGAAAACAAGCAAAAGUCAACCACUAUUGUCUUUUUUUUUUUAAUUUUUACUGCUUAUGCCCAUUCAUGGUAAAAUCGAAGACCGCACGGUACCGUUGAAUGAAAAUGUACGAAACGAACGGAAAAAAUAACAUGCAAAAAGUGCUGCUUAUUGAGAUAAGAAGGUAUAUCACGGAACACGGCUGACUAACUGACUCUUGGCGAACCGAGGAGACGCGAACGGAGCGAUAAGAUUUGGAUUUUUAUGAUAUCCCUCCGUUUGUUGAUGGACGAUUUUUUUUUGUGUAAGUUCGUUCAUACGAUACGCCUCAGGAAGAUAACCAGCUGAUGUAUGGAGGUAUGUGUUGGGGGAUUUCGCAUCAGCACCUUAUAGAGAGUGAUACUCGUUUUGUGUUGUUUUGACCAUCUAAGGUCAAUACCGGUUCAGCAUAAUGUCCGAAGAGAAGCAGCAGCAGCAACGAGACGAAUUGUGAUUGAAUCUUUUGGCGGUGAGACGAGCCCCAUCAGACGAAGGCUGCCAGUCAAUUCCGUAUUCAGACUCCGGUUCGGUUGAUGGAAUGGAGGAAGAAUUUCGUCAGUCGUCAGUGAUCUUGGUUUGUUUUCUUUCUCAAUGAGCCGGACGUUUGCAAUUUUCAUAUCUCGAAAGUAUACGCCUGGCCGGUCGCCUGGCUUUGUGCUGCGCGAUUCUUGCGCCAGACCAACGACGCGUGUGGGUGGGUGUCUGUGAACGUCGUUGAGUCGUCUGUGUCACAGGUUAGCGCCUCCGCCUCUAAAAUGCGGAUCGAUUAUAUCGCGUUCAGUUCUGUGCCACGAGUGGACGUGAGUGGGUGUGAAUCAUUUGCACAUUAGUCGACGAGGCGAACUCGUUGCGCUUUUAUUUCGCGUCUAAUCGCUCUGAUUCAUAACGGGAAGGUUCCUCGACACAAAGCCAAUUGUUCAAUGGGAUAGAUCUAGCUAGUCGGGAAGUGUCAUAUCGUAGUCGGAAAAAAUGAAUCCGGCAAUCAGUGACCACAAUGCGGCGUCGCUGGCGGCGGAAAUGUUCGACCAUUUCUGCGCCGCGACCACCAUGCGGCAGAUCCUGGGCCUGUACAGAAAUAUGUGUGAUAUCUUGGGCCUGAGGCCCGGGCCGCUCAAUGAAUUUUACCCCAAAUUCAAGGCGAAAGUGCGCAACUGGAAGGCCCAGGCCCUGUGGAAGAAGUUCGACGCCCGCGCCUCGCAUCGCGUCUACAACAAAGGCACCGCGGCCAAUGGAACCCGCGUUCUAGUCAUCGGAGCCGGCCCCUGUGGGCUGCGCACCGCCAUCGAAGCCCAGCUGCUCGGCGCCAAAGUGGUUGUGGUCGAAAAACGUGAUAGGAUAUCUAGGAAUAACGUACUGCACCUGUGGCCAUUUCUGAUCACCGACCUGAAGGCACUGGGGGCGAAAAAGUUCUACGGUAAGUUCUGCGCCGGGUCGAUCGAUCACAUCUCGAUCCGGCAGCUACAGUGCAUCCUGCUCAAGGUGGCGCUGCUGUUGGGCGUCGAAGUGCACGAAGGCGUGUCCUUCGUGCGAGAACUGGAACCCAAGGACGGGUGCGGCUGGCGGGCGGCUGUCUCGCCGGAAGAACAUGCGGUGUCGCAUUACGAGUUUGAUGUGCUGAUCGGUGCCGAUGGGAAGCGGAAUACGCUGGAGGGUUUUAAGCGGAAAGAGUUCCGUGGAAAGUUGGCCAUUGCCAUCACUGCCAAUUUUAUAAACAAGAAAACCGAGGCUGAAGCUAAGGUUGAGGAAAUUAGUGGAGUAGCGUUCAUUUUCAAUCAAUCGUUCUUCAAACAACUGUACCAGACUACCGGUAUCGAUUUGGAGAACAUCGUCUACUACAAAGACGAAACGCACUAUUUCGUGAUGACUGCCAAGAAGCACAGUCUUCUCGAUAAGGGUGUUAUCAUACAGGAUUACGCGGACCCCGCGGAGCUUUUAUCUUCGGGGAACGUCGACACUACGAAACUGCUCGACUACGCUAGGGAAGCUGCCAACUUCAGUACCAAAUAUCAACUGCCCAACCUGGAGUUCGCGGUCAACCACUACGGCAAACCGGACGUAGCCAUGUUCGACUUCACCUCCAUGUUUGCUGCGGACAAUUCCUGUAAGGUCACGGUCCGCAAAAACUACAGGCUUCUAUCGUGCCUGGUCGGUGACAGUCUUCUCGAACCAUUUUGGCCUACGGGAUCUGGUUGUGCCCGUGGAUUCCUGUCCAGUAUGGAUGCAGCCUACGCCAUCAAACUCUUUUCCAACGCCAAAAACAGCGCUCUGGCAGUGCUAGCACAACGAGAAUCCAUCUACCGGUUACUGGCUCAAACGACUCCGGAAAAUCUACAUAGGGAUAUCGGAGCCUACACCUUGGAUCCAAGUACGCGGUAUCCAAACCUGAACAAAUCAUCGGUUAACGUGAUCCAGAUCAAACACCUGCUAGACACCGACGACCCGAGCCUUCUGGAGCAAACCUUCAUCGACACUAACUCGCUGACAACGGCGCUCGGACCGGAGGACACUCUGGUUCCCAAACGCAAACGACGAAGCGCAAACGAUACGGUCCCACUGGGGACGGUCCUGCUGCGGUGGGUCAAGUCCCAGCUCAAGGGCAACGAGCUCGCACAAGACCUCCAGGACCCGGCACAGUGCUUCACCAGCGGGCGAAUCCUGUGCACGCUCAUCGCCCGGUAUCGACCGGAUUUGGUUAAUCUGGAAGAACUGGACGGAUGCGGUCCGGAGGAGUGCAACGAGUACGCGUUCGACAUCUUCGAAAAUCAUCUGGGCAUCCCUCGGGUAAUGACCGGCCCGGAAUCAACGAGUCUAGCCGGGGUAGACCCGAAGCAGUGGCUCAACUAUCUGGAGCAGAUAUGCGAAGUGUUCCGAGGGGAGAUUCCGCACGUCAAGCACCCGAAGCUGGACUACGCGGAGUUCAAGCAGAAGCAGCAGAUCGACAGCAUGGAAGAAUUCGCCAAGCUGCGCCGGUUCGCGGUCAACCGGAUGGCAGCGAUGAAGGAGGCAACGCAGGCCGCAGCUCCCAUCAGUACAACCGGAACGGGUGCCGCGAUUCGCAAGUACAGUCAGCCGGUUGAAGAGGAGCGAGUCAAGCGUAGCCGCAAGGUGCUCGGCACAGAAUCUAGUCCAAUGGCUUCACCACAAACCGACACAACGAAGCGAGCGAAGAAGCGUCGAAGCUAUGAGAAAUUCGGCAAUAUCGAGGAACGAACCCAGCGGCUGCAGGAAAUCGAGUCGAAUCGGCAGGAUCGGCAGACGAAGCGGCGCCUGGCGAGGGCCCAGCAAACUCAGAACUUCUACACCAGCUUGCACAUGCUGCAGGCGAACAACCUGCUGAGGGAAAGUGGCGAGGAUAGUUCCAGUGCCUUCGAGGACUAUUCGCUGUACUUGUACAGGCAACAGGCCCCGUUGUUCGGGGAUCGGGUCAAGGAGAUGGAACAGAAGCUGAAGUAUCCCGAUCGUGAUCGUGGAUUGGCCGCGCCGUACCCGCGAAGUUCGGCGAUCGCCCCCGAUGGCGAGCAGAUGAGCGAUCGGAUCAAAUCGAUGGAGCAACGGAUCGGCGGCAAGUAUGCCCCGUCCACCGAGAAGAAACCGAAGGAUCUGAUGCGAGCGAUCGGCAAAAUCGACAGCAACGAUUGGAAUGUCAAGGAGAUCGAGAAGAAGAUCGAGCUCUCGCGCAAGGCGACCGACAUUGGCAAGAGCCGUGAACGCGUUCCGAAGUGGAAUCGGGAGCAAUUUUUAGCCCGGCAGAACAAGCUCACACAGAAGCCGGACGACGAAAAGUACCAAGAGUUCGACAGUACCCUGAAAGCCGUCGACAAACAGCUCAAGGAGGGACACAACUUGGACCUCGGCGAGCGUGGCAAGAACAAGGUCGCCUCCAUCGCUGGACAGCUACUGAGCUCCAAACAUCCGCAGCAGCAACAAGUACCACAAGAACAACAGCAGCAACCUCCAAAAACGACCUCGAAGACUGCCCUGGUGCUCACGGCCAGCGGUGUUGCGGAGAAGUGCCACUUCUGCAAACAGCGCGUCUACCUGAUGGAGAAAAUCUCCGCCGAAGGACUCACCCUGCACCGGUCCUGUCUCAAGUGCCACCAUUGCCAUACCAAUCUACGCCUGGGUGGAUACGCCUUCGAUCGCGACGAUCCCGAAGGCAAGUUCUACUGCACCCAGCACUUCAAGCUUCCUUCGAAGACAAUCAAAACGGUGCCGAAGAAGUCUCUACCACGUACUCCACACACUACGGACGCCAAGAAGCCUGCAACAGCUGCAGCCAUGGCUGCCGCGGCGAACAAACCUACCACUCCGGACUCCAAAUCGUCGAGCCAGUUCGACCUGCUCGAUCGCGGCGAAACCCCGGAGCGCAUCGAGUUCGAAAACAUCGACGAGUACAUCUCUGACGGCGAAGCCCCGAUGGAGGUCAUCGACGAAAACGAGUGGACCGAUCGGAACUUUGGAUCCGACUCGGACGCCUCGGACGACGACGACAUGUCCAGCUCGGACGAAUCGGAAACCGACAGCGAAUCGGACUACGAAGAAGCGGCCGGCUCGCCGCUCGGCGCUCAAACCCUUCAACUGGCGUCCGAAUGGAUCAGCGACAAACGCUUCUCGAACAUGGUUGACAGCGACGAUGACUUCUACGGAUAUUCCAGUGAAGACGACGAAGCAGAUUCUCAAACCGAAGGCGAGGAACUGGCCCGGGCUCGUGAGAUCCGUAUGCAGGAAGUCAAACUGAAGGCACCUCCAACGCUGCCUACGGACACUGAAACCGAGGUUGCCCAUCGGCAACAACAACCACCAGUAGUUCCUAGUGUAUCGUUUAAUCAGCUCAGUACUAGUAGCACCCCCAGCGCAAACCCCAUUUUAGCCAGCAGCGUGCCUACUGUAGCUAAUCCACCGACAAAUCAACCACCGACCGAAUCUGCCGAAGAUAAGGCACUGAAAGAAAGAAUGCUCCAAAAGCUCAGUAUCCGCGAACAGUGGCUCCACUCCCCUUCGCCUUCACCAUCGCCGGCACCUAGCGUUGAUCCCUUUGCACCAGUCCCGGAAGUCCCAAAACCCAAAACAUCAUUCUUUGGUGGUCUCAUGAACAGUCUCAGCACUCUGAUCAAGUCAGACAAACAGGCAGCACCCAAAACUCCGACUCAAGCUCAAGAUUCACCUCUCUGUCAGCCAACUUUGCCCCCAAUACCGCCUUCGCCUUCACCCUCGGUUCGCAAACUGUCUACCUCAUCGCCGAAACCUCCACCAUCACCGACCCCCUCCAUUCGCAAGCUCAAACAACACCCAGACAUACCACCAUCCCCUACGCCUUCAUUACGCAAAAACAAACCACCCGAAGUAGUCGUCCCCGGUUCACCAACUCCAUCACUUCGGAAGCAUAAGAAACACCACAAAACCUCCUCAUCACCAACUCCAUCCACCGGAAGUCGUGAUCUAUCUGAAGAAGAACUCCGUGAUCACAGCAGCGGUCGCAGUACUCCACGUUCCCUAACUCGCCGAAGCCGCCCUGCGUCGACUGAAAUACGCGAAGAAACUGACGAUUUCCUCGAAAGAAUCAAAAACGAUCAAGCUGCUUUGGACAAAAAGAUGAAGAAAAUCGAAGCGAAAAACUUCAAAAGCAACAUGCAAUCGAUAAUGUCCGCUGUCGAUGGACCGCGAAUCGUUGGAGUUAAAAGUGAAAAAGAUGUGUCCAAGUUCUUCACCGGCGCUAAGCCAACGACGGAGACUAAACCCAAGCAACUCCCCAACAAAGACGUAUCAGCGCUCCAAGGGGUCAAUUUGUCAAAGUACUUCCCCAAUGCCCCUGCUCCUACUAGUCCAGUCAAGGCAGGCGGCGCCACUCCUUCUUCGGUGUCCAGCGUAGAGAGUUCUCCUAUGUUAGGUCGCAAAAAGAACAGCGAGGUCGAUCUGCUGAAGUACUUCGGUCCCGGUGUGAACAAGUCCGGCCCUUCGACACCUUCCUCGGUACUUUCUCCGUCAAUUUCUCGUAAGAACAGCGUCGAAUCUCCAAGUCCAAUCAGAAAACCUAGUCCAGUGGGUUCACCAAAACCACCGGUGGCUCCCUUACCCCCGAAAAAGAACAUUCUAGCCUUCCAACCGAUCAAGAAAUCUAAAACAGAAAUCGCCGUUCCGUCAGCUGUGAUACCAGUCAAAAACAUCCUUGCUACUCAACCUGUCGCGAGACCCAAUCUAUCCUCUCCCAAAUUGGAACCAAAGAAAAAGGGUGGAUCUCCUCCGAAGAAGUCGAACCAACCUUCUCCCGCAGAUUCCGAUGAACAAUUGUUCGAAAGUUUGUUGAAAGAAUCCCCUAAAAGUGCGAAACGUUCAAAACCCAAAACUCCUCCAAAGCGUCGAUCCCCCGAUUUGGAAGAACAGAUCUUCGAAUCAAUCCUCAAAGAGACCAAUCAAGUUUCAAAAAUACCAGCUCAAAAAACAAUUUCGGCUCCUAAAUCUCCACCCAAACCCAAAUCUCCUCCACGCCGUCGUUCCCCAAACCUAGACGAACAACUUUUCGAAGAUCUACUCGGCGAAGUAGACGACUCAUUCGUGGAAAACUUCGAAGAAAUAGUCGGUCUCCCCAAGCGCGUUAGUCCCAAGCUUGCAAAGAAAAAAUCGCCCCCGAAAAAGUCCCCCAAAGGUUCUCCCAAACACUCACCCCCCGCGACUCGAAAGUCUAAACCUGCGGCCCCUAAAAUGACCAUCAAACGGCCGGCUUUUAAAAUUGAGGUCCCAGUUCACAUGCAAGAAACCCUAGAGGAGAUUUACCUGGCCAGCUUGUCCAAACUGGACACCCGAUCUGCCUCGUCUACUAGUCUCAAUAUGUUAGAACCUGUCCAAUCGAUGGAUCCAGAACUAGGUAAAGUAGACGAAACCUUUGAACAGUUGUUUCGUGACACGGAACAACCAAUCAACAAGAAUCAGCCAUUUCAGAACUCCCAGCAGACGAAGACCCAGACGAACCCAACCAAUACAGCGACGACGAGGAAACCGACUGGUGGAGCCCUGCCCCAAGAAGGGAAAGCUUCUAGCAGCCAAACGAAACCAUCAAUCAAAGAGAGGACCAUGGAGCAGUCGAUACUGCCGGUAGAAAUAAAGAAUGUAUCAUCGACGUCGAAGAAGCAUAGUCCACCUCAAACGCCAAUAUCGGUACGAAAAGCGACCCAACAAACCACUGAACUCGAAAAGCAAACUGCUAUAUCAACUGUUAAAAAGCUCACUACAGAUCUUUCUAAGUCAACUAGCAAUCUGGAACGUAUAGGAAAUUCCGUUAAACCAACUUUCGAAAAGAAACCGAAUAUUCUCGGAAAAGCCCCGGUAGAUAGAUUGGGUGCAAUCAAAGCUGAAUCCAUGGUUACAAUACCAUCGAGUCCAGAGAUGAAUCGGAAGAAUUUGCUGCAGCAGCGUUUGGCUUCGACAGUAGAACCGAUACCGACAAAAGUUACUCAACAUAACGUUAACGGAUCUUCAGUCUCCACUACUCAACUUAAGGCUCAAAACAUUCUUGAACCUAUUAAGACUACAGAAAUCCAACAGGUUUCGAAACCAAUUGUUCAAACACCAGUAUUGGAACGUAAGCCUCAACAGCCGGUCAGUCCUAAAUCUCAGGUAGAUAGGUUAGAUGCUGUCAAGACUGCAUCGAUGUCCCUUCCCUCAACUCCGGAAAUGACUCGAAAGAGCCUAACUCAACAAAAGCCAUCUUCGAUAGUUACGCCAAUUACUGUCAAAGCUACCCAACCAAUUGUAAACGGAUCAAACACUACUACUUCAGCAAAGGUUCAGAACUCUUCAGAACCUAACAAGAUCACGAGCGUCGGAACACCUGUUUUGGAACGAAAAGUUCCGGUUGACAGGUUGAGUGCAGUCAAAGCUGAAUCUUCGCAGUCGCUUCCAUCAACUCCGGAGAUGAAUCGAAAGAAUCUGGCGACUCAACGACCCUCAUCGAUUGCGACUCCAGUACCUCUCAAACCUGCGACUCUACCAAUCGUAAACGGAUCCUCCAUUUCUGCUAGUUCUACUUCUCUGUCGAAAGUUCAAAACGCUCCAGAACCUAGUAAAAUCGCUACACCACUUUUGGAGCGCAAGGUUCAGCAACAAGAAGUUCAAACGAAUGUCAAUGGCAUUCAAGCCACGGUUCCUUCGAAGGUUUCGGCUCCUGCUACGCCAAUCGUCCAACGAAAAGCUUCUCAAUCGGUUCCUUUACAAGCAACCGCUGCUCAACGUUCGACUUCCGUGGAAGUCCCAUCAACCAAAUCUAAAUCCACCGGAACUGCUCCGACUCCCACUGAAAGCAGGAAAUCGGCCCACCAAAUUUCAGCUGCCGAGUUCUCUAAGCUUUAUCCGGAUAUAUAUCAGCAGAUAAUCAAUGAGGAACCGAGCGUAGACACCAUUACUACGAUCGUUUCCGCUGAAGAUAAGCCUGUUUCCAAACAAGUUUCAUCGGUUUCUCGUACUACAGUUGAUCACAAACAAUCUCAGUCUCCUUAUGCUGGACGUAAAGCUAUCAAAGAUCACGAACCUUUCUUUACUCAGAAAACACAUACUCAAACAGGAACUCAAUCUACUACUACUUCAAUUCGUAAGGAACUGACUGAAGUUAAACCUAUUGAACACAAUAAGGCAAUUACUGGAAGAACUUCCACUAUUACCUCAAAACAGGAAACUGUCAAAUCGGAGAUUUCGGCAAGAACUUCACCCAAAACAUCGAAACAAGACAUUACUCAGACGAUUCCUGCAAGAACUUCGCCCAACUCAAAACAGGAAACACUACAAACGGCGAUUCCUACAAGAACAUCACCCAUCAACUCGAAACAAGAAAACCUCUCUGUUGCAGUUGAUACAACAAACGAGUCAAUCGCUGAUAAAUGCGAAAAAAAUCCAGUUUCAACUCAGCUUAAUGAAGCACAAAAGCCACUUGAACCUUCACGCCCUUCGCGUAGCACCGAACGCAGUCGGGAGCGAUCGCUAUCGACCGACGACAUCUGCUUCCAGCGGCUACGCGUCAAACACGAAGCAAUCUUCCGAGAGCAGAAAAAGGAGGAGACGCACUUUACCGAAAUCGUUGAAGUCGAAGAACCUCCAGUGGUACCCGAAGUUGUCGAUAGUCAACCGGUUGAGGUUCCUCGAACGCUGUCUGAGUUCCGUAGUGCUAUGCUUCGGAAACCGCAACGUCCUGAAGAGGUCGAAAGUGAGGAAGGAAUUCCACCAGUACUCAAGGAUACAAUUGCCGAAUUGGCCCAUGAGAUUAUGCCCGGUUUCGAUUUGGACAGCUUGAUGGACGAUAUACCGGUUCCGGUGCAGAGGAAGAAGUCCUCGUUCCAAAAGAUGUUCAACAAGCUUCAACGAGCUAAUACUAUUGCUGCACCGGAGGGUUCUUCGCUGAAAGCUGUGUUGGAACCUGAAAACAAGACACAAGUGGUUAGUAAAGUACCGGCACAGGAAUCAGAAAGUCCCAAGGUCGAAGAGCCUAAUUUAAUGCAAAUAAAUUUAGAACGAUCGGUUUCGAUUAAGGAGAAGUACGCCAAACAGAAUGCUCAUUCACCGCCUAAGAAAGUUUUGUCGGACCAAACGAACCUGGACCGUAAAAACUCUUUCAAAAUACAGCCUUCGGUUAAAAAUUCGUCUCAAUCAGAAACACUCGAGCGUCCUGUUCCUCCAGAACGGAAGUCUCCCCAGAAGAAGUUGGCUAAAUCCUUGAAAGAGAAAGACAAAGACCUCAUCGACCAGCGAAGUAUCCUUAGCAGGGAGUCGAAACCUGCACCCAAAGCUGAGGAGCUUACGUUUGAUGAUCUCUUCGAGGGUUCGGAUGUGACCACAGAAAUAGUCAACUUGGAUGAUUUGCUCUCCUCGGACGAUGAAGUUGCUAAUAUCAAUGCUACACCAAAGACAAGCCUUACAUCGCCGAAUAAGGUGACCAACAAUGUACAGAAAUCUUCAACAGCCAAGGUUCCAAGUCCAAAGAAGACAUCUCCCGUUAAAAGCAAACCAGAAUCAACUUCAGCAGUCGCUAACGUUCAAAACAAAUCUCUCUCGGAAACAGAGUUCAAACGAACAUCGAAGGAGCUAACAGAGAAGUUUAUGACAGACAAAGAUCAACCUAAGAACAAAUCUGCUAUAGAAAAGAAAAAUGAACCCAAAACAGAAGUCAAGAAAGACCCCAAAUCAGAAAUCAAGAAAGAUCCCAAAACGGAAGCCAUGUUCACAGUUCUCACUGAACCGCAGACUAGUAUCAUGGAUUCACUAGUCAAACUGACCAAAUCGGAAAAGAUUGAUAAACAGGAACAACCUUUGAGCGAAUCACUUCCCGAUUUGAUUAACAUGACCAAGAAGCAACCGAUCGAACAACCGGCUCCAAUCAAAAUUCUAGAUCACACCGAGAAGCUCAAACAAAUCAUCAACCAAGUACCGCAAGAAAUUCAAGUUUACACUCUACACACCGAGGAAGACAAGUCCACGGUUCAACCUCAGCCUUCAACGUGCGGAAUGACCAGCGACUAUGCUCACAUCUUGAAAGACAUUUCUUCGGGUUUGGUCGGUGCAGACCUACCGACUACCACCUUCUAUGAACCACCGCCUAGGCAAGACGUGAAACCAAAGUCAGAUUUUACCGUGUACAAAGAAAUACUGCACGAAAUGGAGAAGGAAGCACCCCAAGAAGGACUUCAACCGCAGCGCCCGAUCCGUCGUCCAAAACCGAUCGACCGUAGUCUAUCGCCGGUCCGUAGACCGCUGAAGGCCUUCGACAAUUCGAUCUGUAUCGAUCCACGUCGAGCUCGUCGAUCGAACAGCAUCGAGAACGUUUCGAUCGAACAGGUCUUUGUGAAGCAGAACGACAAGGUCAUCGAUACGUUCUACGUUGUGCCGGAGAAGACGCAUUUGAUGCGGCGGUCCAAGUCGUACGAUCGGAUGGAUACGGUGAGGGAGAGCAGGAUUUCAGCUAGGCAGCAGAAGAAGUCUUUGGAUGAAUUGCGGGAGUACGGAUUUGAUGUUGAGCGGCCUUCCAUGGCUUCGAGAAAUUUGGUUAGUCCGGUGUUGCGUAACUUGAACGUCGAAGAAGAAGGUGAGGAUGUGCCCAGUUUCCGGGAACUCAAUCGAACCCAGAAGUUUAGGAAACGGUCGGCUGUUGUUGAUACUUCGAAGUUGGACGUUGAAGCAACGAAGGUGGACAUCGAUCGGGAGUCCCCGAUUCCAAGAACGACAGACUUCUCCAAGUGGGAAGCAAUUUUGGAUAGAGGUGUUCCACAGUUAACUGAAGUGUCACACAAGAAGGAGAGUAUCAGAGACUUGGAGCGGAAGAUUGAGGAACUGAGCAUCGAGAGGAAACCAAAAAGGAAAAUUUCUAACAAAGCUGUCGUUACGAUUCCAAAAGAGUAUGAUCCGGAGGAAUACGUUCCCAGGAUCAAUCGUCGGGGUGCGAAUGACUUUAGAGUUCCUAGCCCGGAUUUGCCAAAGUCGUACGAUCCCGAUGAUUAUAUUCCGAGGGUUCAGCGUGGUCAUCACCAUGAGCCUGAGCAUCCUCAGGAUCCAUACGACUAUGAAAUGGAGGUUCCUGUGAGCAAUGGAGCGCGACAGAACCGAGCAGCUGCCCAUGAAGUUCAACGUCCAAACUACUAUGAACAAGAUGUCCCGGUCAGUGUUGCCAGAUCACAGCGAAAUUACGAAUCGGAUGAUUAUCCUGUGGGUCCAUCCAUGAGACCUAAACGAGUUUCUGGGCAGGAACCACCUCGAGUGCAACCCUACUAUGACCAGGAAAUGGCUGCUUCUCGACCUCAGCGGUUUGCUACCUACGAAGAUGUACCGAUAUCUCGCGUUGGGGGAAAAUACUAUCCGGAACCGAGUCGCAUGGACGAUCUACCGGUUUCUCACACUCUACCAAGGUCCAAGACUACAACGCACGUCCCGUACAGUUCAGUUUCAACGCGGUCUUAUGAUGCUCCAACUAGAGACAUUACCAAGACACAGUACAGUCGUCGCGUUGCGGCAGAUAACAGCAGUAUUGUGAACAAGAGUCAUCGUCUGCAUGAGAAGGCUAAUCGGUACAUUCGGUCCCAAGUUAGCAAGAAUGAUCCCAAUCCGUACAUCCGGGAGAUGCUCGAAAACGACAGUGACGAUGAUCUCCCGGUCACAACUUCAGCCUCCCAUCGCAUACCCCAUACUAGUUCAUCAGCCCUCACAUCGUCUUCGUCCUAUCAUCAUCCGGUUUCGUCGUACGGAACGACUGGUUCGGCCGCUAUGAGUCGUAUAACUGCCAAAGCCAUUACUCAGCCAUCGCGCAUGACCCAUUACACUCGCCAUGAUGUUCCUUCUCCGUCCGCUACCGGUUCUGGUAGCCGAUCGUAUCGCCAUCGAGGGGGUGAAUCUGGCAAUCCCAGAGACAAUUGCGCCAUCUCUUAGACAGCAAGACAGACAAACAGUUACUAUCUCGUUCGGCAGCAAGCAAAAUUACUGUUUCUGGAUCAACACACUGGUCAAAAUUGUCACUUUUGAUUCGCAGUCUUGGAAACUUACUACCUACUCUUUUUAAGAUAUAGACAAAAACCAAAACUCAUCAACUCUCGCAAAAACUCAUAGCAAAGUAAAAACAUCGAACGCACACACUCAAACGCCAAUUCUAAAUUAACAUCCUGCGGAUUUGUUUUGGGUACGAUUUAAGCUGGAAUGAAGGAAUCAAUAUAAGCGCACACGCACAAGGUUGCAAAAAGAGUCAGACGCAUUCUCG